UGGCCGUGGUUUGCCCUUUUUUUGAGUAGCGACUGGACUGGUUUUGUUACGCAGACCUGGCAACCCUGAUUGAAUGAACGUACAGGUGACCAAGCUACGGGUAUUUUAGAUGAAACAGGUAUCGCACAUCCAGAAAUGAAAACAACUUUCUUCCUCGCGAAUUUUCUUAUAAUUUCUUUGUGCAUUAUGGUUGGUUUGUCAUUCUCUAAACUUGCCAGGCCAACGAUACCGGCGAUAGCGUAUCACUUUGGAACAAAAGGCAGGUACGAGGAAGUGAACUCACAUCUGUUAGAUGACAUUUUGUUUGUAAACAAAUCACUGGGAGCUCCCCCCUCUCCAGAUUGCCGUGCCAUUCAUAUGGUGUCGGUUAUACGUCACGGGACGCGCUAUCCAACCACCAAAAAUGUGAAAAAGAUCGCGCGACUGUUUGAUCUGGUCGUGUCUCACGCGUCGGGUUCAGCCUCGUGGCUAAAUGAUAUUAAGACAUGGAAGAUGUGGUACACCGAAGACAUGGACGGCAGACUGGUGGAGAAAGGGCGCGAUGACCAUCGGCAUUUGGCUAUGAGACUGGCACAGUCGUUCCCCUCUUUGAUUUCUGAGGAUCAUCUCCGUGCCGACCGCAUUGAGUUCAUCACCAGCUCCAAGCAUCGCUGUGUUGAUAGUGUCGAAGCUUUUCAAGAGGGUCUUCACCGACUCUGGGAUGUUCAGGAUAUGGAUUACAAGCACUAUGUGGAUGAUUCACUCAUGAGAUUCUUUGAUCAUUGCGAGAGAUUUGUUGAAAGUGUUGAGAAAAACAAAACCGCUUUGAAGGAGGUAGAACGCUUUAAAUCUUCAGCAGAAAUGGAUGCAGUACGGAGGAAAAUAUCCAAUCGCCUUCAGAUUCCAUACAGUCAAUUCACCCCAGAUAUGGCAGAGGCAGCUUUCUUUUUGUGCUCCUAUGAGUUUGCCAUUAAAUCAGAGAACUCCCCCUGGUGUGAUCUGCUGGAUGAGUCUGACGCUCAAGUCCUGGAGUACAAAAAUGACCUGAAACAGUACUGGAAGAGGGGAUAUGGACAUGACAUCAACCGUAAAUCCAGCUGCCCUCUCUUUCAUGAUAUUUUCAAACGUCUUGAUAAGGCUGCUAAUGACUACAGAUUUGGAGAGGUAAAAAAGACUGCCAGCAUCCAGGUUGGACAUGGUGAAACCCUGCUGCCUCUGCUCUCUUUGAUGUCCUUCUUUAAGGAUGAAAAACCUUUAACUGCAGAGAAUUUUUCAUUGCAGCACAACCGCACAUUCCGCUCCAGUCAGAUUGUACCUUAUGCUGCAAACUUAGUCUUUGUCCUGUACGAAUGCAGUGAUGGACUCAGAAUACAGUUGUUUCUCAAUGAGAAGUUAAUAACCUUUCCCAACAUGAAUCAUUCGGCUCCACUGUAUGAAACAGUCAGAAAGCAUUACUCAAAGCUCCUUAAUGGCUGUGAGUUUAAUAAGGAAUGUAAUGUGCCUCAGUCAAACCUCAGGAACACUGAACUUUGAGUUAGGUUAUUAAAUAGUGGAUUACAAGGAUCAAUUACUGUGCACUUGCAAUAACUGCAUCUUUAUGUUGUAUUUUUUAUUCUAUUUUUUUUCUUUGUUGUGGUUGAAGGUUUAAUAUGUUGCUUUAUUUAUUACUAAAUUGCCAAAGGGGGGUGACAUUUGUGCUUUAAGAAUGAUUUAUGUUUGUUCUUGUUUUAUUUUCCAAAGAGAAUUAUGCUUAUACAGUGCCAAAUCAUUUGUAAUUUUGUGAUGAAAGCAAUUUAACAGAAAACUUGGAAGUUUUUAUAUUUUAUUUUAAUAGUAACUGCAUUUUCUAGUGGGUAGUUCACUGGGAUCCAAUCUUGAAAAUGGGCUGUUCAAAAGAAAAAUGAAAGAAAUCUGAUAUCGUGGUUUUAAUCUGGAUCAAACCUUUUGUAUGGGUUGUAAAAUUGUUUUAAUAAGAUUGGGAUACCUUUGAUCCAAAAAAAAAAAACCAGGAUUUUUUUGCAGGAUUUUUUCAGGAACCAAAUGUAAUAAAAUGUUUAUUCAAACAUUUAUAGUUUACACUUGCUUUGUUUAACUGUUACGGUGAUAAAGCAGAUAAAAUAAGAGUAGAGUAAGAGAAAAAUAAGAUAUUUAUGUGGAUAAAUAUGUGGAUAUUUAAUGUGGUUUUUGUCCACAUAAUCACUCAAACAGCUGUUAAUAUCAAACAAAAAUAAUAGAUUAAAUUUUAAAUGUCAUUAGUCACUUUAUAUUAAUUACGGUGAUCGAAUCAUAAGAGAUGAACCAAACAUUUUAUUGCAUGUGUUUUUGUUUACUUUAUUUAUUUGUUGUGGAGAGGCUUGACUGUUUAAAAGAAAUUGAAAAUGGAUGCGGAUAUUUGUAUUCAUUAAGUGUGCAAUUUUCUGUCUCUUCAAAUCAAAACACAAAGUGACCCAACAUUGACUAUAUCUUUUAUAGCUAGUAGCCUUCAUUGUGAUAUGGAGUUCCAUUUAGAGUACUGGUAACUAGGGAUGUGUGAUAUUGAAUCUCGAUAACGAUAAUUAGACAAUAUUUUGUUAGUGUGUUAUUGUGCUGAUAUCUGACUACUGUGGACAGCUGCAGUUUUUGAUAUUCUUUAUAUUCUGCAUGGUCAUUUCACAUCAGUGAUAGAAAUUCAUCUUUUCAUAUAAGUAUAAAUGGAUUUUUACCUUUUAUGGGCAAUUUUACCUUUAAUAAAACCAUUUUUUCUAAAAGUGUGCAUUUUUUAGUCAGAUUGUUACAUUUAAUUGGUCAAUUAGAAUAAUAAGACAUUUAGGCUGUUACCAAAACAAAUGAAACCAGUAUCAACAAAAUUAAUCUUUGAAGAAGGAAAGUUGCAUCUGAAGUGGCAUUUAGAUGUAUUUACACACUGUUUAAUGCAGCUCAGAGGGACAU